GGCUGGAGAGAAGGGAAGAGGAACAUAGAAGAGAUAAGGCAGAGGUGCAGUUUCACACUGGUCAAAUUGCUUAAUCCCUCCUUUCCCCAUUUACUACCAGAGAUUUGGGGACAACCAGGUUCCCUCUGCUUUACUUACCCUUCUUUUCCUCACCAUGGUCAGAGAAAGCAGCCCAUGCCGGAGUCAGAAAUGUAGGUGCCUCUUGCUGGGACUCACAGUCAUCCUAAUCUUUGGGGCUGUUGCGGUCUUUGCUGCUGUGAUCUUUGCCGGCAGGAGGGACCCACCAGCUGUGUUGCUUCAGUGGAAGGGAAGAGGAUCCACAGACAAUUUGAAAGAAAUCAUGCUGGGGAGAUGCUUCACUUAUACAGAGAUGGUAAACCCAGAGCUGAGAAAAGAUUGUCUGAAAAUAUGGGAAACUUUUAAAAAUGCAUUUAUUUCCAAGAACCCAUGCAACAUUACAGAACAAGAUUAUCAGCCGCUGAUGGAAUUGGCUGCUCAUCCUAUACUUUGUAAUAAGACCCUCCUUUGGAGCAAAACCAAUGAGCUGGCUCAUAAGUACACCAAAGUGCAGGGCAAUUUCCUCACUCUGGAGGACACACUGCUGGGCUACAUGGCUGAUGGACUCACGUGGUGUGGAAACCCUUCAAGUUCAGAAAUGAACUAUCAAUCUUGCCCACACUGGCGUGAAUGUGCCAACAACCCCAGCUCAGUAUAUUGGAAAAUGGCUUCCAGAGCUUUUGCAGAAGCAGCCUGUGGGGUUGUCCAUGUGAUGCUCAACGGGUCAAUCAGCCAACCUUUUGGAAACAGCAGCAUUUUCGGAAGUGUGGAGGUUCACCAUUUGAAUCCAAAAAAAGUUCAUUUGAUGAAGAUUUGGGUGAUGCACAACAUCGGGGGACAGCCAAGUGAUUCAUGCUCCGGUUCUUCCAUCAAAGAGCUGAAAUCCAUUAUAGAAGGCAGGAACAUUGCUUUCUCCUGUGAGGAUGACCACAGGGCUGUUCAACUCAUUCAGUGUGUAGGAAAUCCCGAGGAACCAGCCUGCAGAGUCUGUAGAACUUAAUCUUGGGGUCUUUAAAAAAAUUGCAGUAUCAAUCUGUAUCUAAGACAUAUAGUGCAGAGAAGGUACACAAGUUAAGGAGAGAAUCUCUCAAAACCUGGACAACCUUUUGAGAGCAAACUGGUUUAAUUUCAAAACAUGGGCACUAUUAGGUCUCAUGAGAAUUUUGCAAGAAUAAUUUACAAUAAUUAUGUUCUAUCUAGGUAUUCUAAUAUUUAGCAAUAAGUAAUUAUUGAAUCAAGUUAGAAAUAUGAUAUUUGUAUUAAAUGACUUUUUAAUUAGUAUUUGUGAGGGACACUAAAGUGUCAUCUCUAUAUUUGUACCCUAUUUCUACUAAAAAAGAUCAAAAAAAUCCCAAGGAACAUUGAUUUACAUCCUAAUAAGUGCUUUUUCUUUGGUCAAGUAAAUAUCAGGUGUUUUCAGAAACCAUGAGGCUCCCAUUUCUAUGUACCUGACUGCAUUUGUCCUGGUAGUAUUUCUAUAUAUUCAAACUGAAUAUCACACCAUUAUUUUAUCUAUUGGGAAAAGUGUCUCCGUUUAGAUUUUGGACCCUGUUCUCAAGGGUGAAUGAAUGUUAUGUUGGACUUAUCUAGAACAAAGUGUUUAGUUUCCUCUGGGAGGAGGCAUGGAUUAGUUAAUUAAAAUCAUCUUGUUUCUCUUUCUAUGUUGGGGACCCUCUAACACCCAUGAAAAUUCGAACAGGUCCACAAAAUGUUCACCGGCUCUUUCCAUACUUUCUAAUAAUAGGAUGAUGAUGUGUGAGAUGGGAGGGUUCUGACGACAUAGACACAGGCAUGGAGAGAGUGUAGGUUUCCAGGUUGUGAAGUGGAUAGAGCACUGGGUCUAAAGUAAGUAAGAUCCGAGUUCAAAUGUGACCUCAGACACUUACUAGCUGUGCAACCGUAGGCAAGUCAUUUAACCUCUGUUUGCCUCAGUUUUUCUCUUCUGUAAAAUCGGGAGAAUAAUUGCAAUUACCUGAUAAAGUGUUUUGUAAACUAUACAGAGCUAAUGCAAAUAUACAUUAUUAUUAUUAUUA